AUGGCACCCAUCAAGACGCUCAAAGAGAUUCCAACUCUCACAAGCCUGUACAAGCUCAAACACCUAACGCCCGCCGCUUCAACAGUGUCAGGCGCCAGCAGCGCGUACAACGACAGAAUCUGUGUCAUCCGCACCGACAUCACAAAGCUAGAGGUUGAUGCGAUUGUCAACGCUGCCAACGAGUCUUUGCUGGGUGGAGGUGGUGUCGACGGCGCCAUUCACCGUGCAGCUGGCGAGGGACUCCUGCGCGAGUGCGAGAAACUUGAUGGUUGCGACACUGGUGACGCCAAAAUCACUGAUGCUUAUGAACUGCCAUGCAAGAAGGUCAUCCACACUGUCGGCCCCGUCUACUGGCGAACCAAGAAGCAUGGAAAGCAUACCAGCCUACUCCAAUCAUGCUACCGUCGCUCGCUCGACUUGGCUGCAGAGAACGACUGUAAGAGUAUCGCAUUCAGUGCUCUGAGUACUGGCGUCUACGGUUAUCCUAGCAAUGAGGCAGCAGCUACUGCUAUUGGAGAGGUCAAGAAGUGGCUCGACACUAACGAAAAGGCCGACAAGCUCGAUCACAUCAUCUUCUGCAACUUCAUGGAAAAGGACGAGGACGCCUACUACGAGUGGCUGCCGUAA